AUGCAAGCGGAUAGAAGGCAGCCAACGAUAGAACCGGAAUGUGUUGCGCCGGAACUGAUGUUCAGACCUGAGGCUAUUCCGACAUCGUUAACUGUCGAGGAGCCAGUGCAAGUGCCGCAGAGACGGCAGCUGUUGCCCCCACAAUCAACGAGGCAAAUUGAUAGCGGAGUUCCAGUCAAUCCGAGGCCACUUGGGCCAACUCAAGAGCAGCGUACAGCGCGCCAAGUCUUCUCGGGGGAUUUGCCAACGUUUUCCGGAAAUCCCGCCGACUGGCCUGUUUUUAUUAGCCACUACCAGUACACCACAGAAGCCUGUGGUUUCAACAACGGCGAGAACAUGAUUCGCCUUCAACGAUGCCUGAAGGGUUCGGCAUGGGAGUCGGUUCGUAACAGGCUUAUACAUCCGGGAUCCGUGCCAGCAGCCAUCAAAAUGCUGGAGAAGCGUUACGGUCGACCGGAUUUGAUCAUCGAGACCUUAAUUGAGAAAGUUAGAUCCACACCCCCGCCGAAGGCUGAUAGACUCAACACUAUCAUCGACUUCGGGACACAAGUGCAGGGUCUCUGCGAACACUUGGAGGCCGCGGAUUUGAACGAUCAUCUGAACAAUCCCUCGCUGCUAAAGGAGUUGGUGAGAAAGCUCCCGACCGAAUAUCAAAUGCUUUGGGGAAGAUACAUCAGAACGGUCGAGGCCGUGGACUUACGAACGUUCGGGACCUUCAUGGACGAAACUGUCGACGAUGCAUACGCCGUGACGUCGUACACCGGCGAAUCGAAAGCCAGGCAGUCGAAGCCUGAAAGAUCCAAGCCGGACCGGAGUUUUGUGCACAGUGACGUCGCGGGAAAGUUCGAGAAGCCGAAGGAGCGGAGUAGCUGCCAAGGUGCAGCGGAAUUUAGGAAACGAGUUUUGACUUGUGCCGUGUGCCAGAAAGAGGGGCAUAAGUCCAGAGAAUGUCGAUCGUUCCAGAAAAUGACCGUCGAUGACAGAUGGCUCCGUAUACAAAAUUUGGGACUUUGUAAAACGUGCUUGUACAGUCAUGGGACUCGUUCGUGUAGAAACAACACUCGCUGCGGCGUGGAUGGAUGCGAUGCGCGUCAUCACGCACUUCUUCACUCGGCGGAGAAACCAAAGGCAUCCUACAGCUCUGGUCCGAAUCCGACAUCGAACUACGUUGUGCAUCACGUUCACCAGUCGUCGUUUCCAUCGUUACUGUACCGUGUUAUUCCAAUCACGCUCCACAACGGUAGUUUAUCCGUCGAUGCAUUUGCCUUCAUCGACGAAGGGUCUUCGAUAACAAUGCUGGAAAAGAGUCUGGCAGAAAAACUUCAACUAAACGGGCACUCCCACCCGUUGUGCUUGCAGUGGACAUCCAAUGUGACGCGGAUCGAGAACGAUUCGAAACGAGUGACGUUCGAGAUUUCCGGCAUCAAUAAAUCAAAGCGGUACAAGGUUUCAAACGUCGGAACAACCAAUUCCCUGAACUUACCAACACAGAGUUUGCCGUUCGAAGAACUCAAGUCACGUUUUAGUCAUCUUCGAGGAAUUCCGGUGGAUGGUUACGAGAAUGCCAGUCCGCAACUUCUCAUAGGAGUUGACAAUCUACGUUUGGUGGUUCCGCUCAAGGCGCGAGAGGGCGAAGUAGGAGAUCCAACUGCGGUACGCACCCGCCUGGGCUGGUGUGUGUACGGUGGCAAGCGCGACGAGUCAACGCCAACAUUCAGUUAUCACAUUUGUGACUGUCAACAUGAUUCAUCUUUAGACGAGGCAGUGAAGACUUAUCUGACGCUCGACGAAGUUGGAUCGAAAGUGUUUACGCCAGUGUUGAGUGACGAAGACACUCGAGCAACGAAAAUUAUGCAGGAGACUACGAAGAGAGUAGGCGAUCGUUAUGAGUCCGGCCUGCUUUGGAAGUACGACUUCGUAGAGUUUCCAGACAGCUAUCCAAUGUGUCUGAGAAGACUCCAAUGUCUCGAAAGAAGAAUGGGAAAAGAACCGGCGAUGCGGGACAACAUAGUGCGUCAGAUCGAGGAAUAUCAGCAGAAAGGCUACUGCCAUCGAGCGACUCCGGAUGAGCUGCAACAGGCUGACCCCCGACGCACAUGGUACCUCCCCCUCGGCGCGGUCACCAAUCCCAAGAAACCCGGUCAGGUGCGGCUCAUCUGGGACGCUGCAGCCAAAGUCGACGGGGUGUCCUUAAAUGCGAUGCUGUUGAAAGGGCCCGACCAGUUGACAUCUUUGCCUGCUGUAUUAUUUCGGUUCCGCCAGUAUCCGGUGGCAGUUUGUGGAGACAUCAGGGAGAUGUACCACCAGAUCCUGAUUCGUGAAGCUGACCGAAGCGCUCAAAGGUUCCUGUGGCGGUCGGAUCCGAAUCAGCAGCCAGAAGUUUUCGUCAUGGACGUGGCAACGUUUGGGUCGACCAGUUCACCAGCGACUGCCCAAUACGUUAAGAAUAUCAACGCCCGCCUGUUCGCCGAUAAGUAUCCUGCAGCCGUCGAAGAAGCAAUCAGUGGUCAUUAUGUUGAUGACUAUGUGACCAGUUUUCGGAGCGUGGCUGAGGCCAAAGAAGUUACGUCCCAGGUGAGGGCGAUAUAUCAACACGGUGGUUUCGAACUUCGUCAGUUCUGUUCGAACAGCGACGAGGUCAUGCAGUUUCUCGGAGAGGCCAAGGCACAUCCAGUGAAGAACAUGUGCCCAACUAAGGGAGAAAACUCCGAACGUGUGCUUGGUAUUUUAUGGGAUACGGAACACGAUGAGCUGCGGUUCCCAACGAAGAUGCGGGAAGACAUGGUGAAGUUAAUCACUACACAGGAGAAACCAACGAAGCGACAGAUACUCCGGUGUGUGAUGACAAUGUUCGAUCCACUGGGUCUUCUAGCACCGUAUCUGAUCUUUGGCAAGAUCAUUAUCCAGGAAGCCUGGCGCAAAGAGCUCGGCUGGGACGAACCGGUGGACGAUGAAACGCACCAACAGUGGCUGAAAUGGGUCCAAAUGCUUGAACACAUCAACGAUAUCGGUAUCCAGCGAUGCUAUUUCCGAGAGGCGAUCAACGAGGUCGAAGUUCACACAUUUGUGGACGCCAGUGAGAUUGCAUAUUCCUGUGUGACGUAUUUCCGCUCAACGAACGCUGCCGGAGAAGUAAAGGUUGCGCUGGUAGGCGCGAAGUCCAAAGUUGCACCCCUGAAGGCGUGGUCGAUACCGCGCUUAGAGCUACAAGCGUGUGUGUUGGGUGCACGUCAUAUGCGAAGUGUCAUCGAGGGACAUUCGUUGCAGAUAAAGAAGCGAGUGUUGUGGUCCGAUUCCGGAACAGCGCUGAGCUGGAUCAACGGAGAUCCCCGAAAGUUUAAUCGAUUUGUAUCGUUCCGAAUCUGCGAGAUCUUGGAGCUAACCACUCGGAAGGAGUGGAGAUGGGUUCCAUCGAAGAACAAUCCAGCGGAUGAGGCUACGAAGUACGGUUCCGGGCCUUAUUUUGCCAAAACGAGUUGCUGGUUCGACGGGCCAAAGCCCGUAAUAGCUUAUCGUGAGUUUUCUCGAUGGUGCCGAAUCUUGAGAGUUGCAGCCUUCAUGCAUCGCUGCAUUGGUAACUUGAGGCUGCCUGAAGAGCGGCGAAGUUUUGGCUGUCUAUCCAGGGCGGAACUCCAAAAGGGAGAACGGAUAUUGUUCCGAAUGGCGCAGAGUGAGAGCUUUCCCGACGAACUCAUCACUCUCAAGCAAAACCUGCGUUGUCCUAAAAAGGAUUGCGAAGCCCUGACGCCCAAUCACUUCCUGCUAGGGAGUUCCGACGGUGUCCGCCAGCCGCCUACCGAGGAUGUGUGUGACAACAGGUUGCUGGGGAGUUCCUGGAACUUGCUGCAGAGACAGCUGAAUACCUUUUGGAAACGCUGGACGAACGAGUAUUUGCCGACACUGACGAGGCGUACGAAAUGGUUUGACGAGGUGAAGCCCGUUGAACCAGGCGAGUUGGUUGUGUUGGUGGAGGAUCGUAGGCGGAACGGAUGGAAAAGAGGGCGUGUCCUGAAGGUGAUUACGAAUCCAGACGGCAGGUGUCGUCAGGCGAUUGUGCAGACGAGUGAUGGGACGUUUCGUCGGCCGCUAUCGCGCCUGGCUGUGUUGGAGGUACAAGAUCGUGGAACGCGGACCCCAGCCGGAUUCCACCGGGGGGAGGAUGUUGCCACAAGGGCAAUUAGACCGGGAGCUGACGACACCUCAAUGUGUGACAGUUCUCGAUGA